GAUGUUUUGAAAAUAGUUGGUAGAUAAUACAGUAACCUUUUUCUUUUUCUUCCCGGAAACUUCUUGUAAUACCAACCAUAGUAUGACAAACGCAGCCUGCAGUAGUUGGUGGCCUUGCGCUUUCAAGAUGUCGAGCAAACACGGGGAGAAAGAAAGCCAGAGUAAUGCAGGCCUUUACAAAGUCAUACGUGCUUUAAUUCAUCUUCUCGGCUGUCUUCAAUUUUCGUAUAGCGUUUAUUAUGAUUGGAAUUACGUAGUUAUUCCAAUUUCAGUUAGUCGGAUGGGAUCUGGAUAUGGUGGGAAGUUGAAAUUCCUAACAUUUUGGGAUGCGAUACUGCAGUCAGUGUACUUCACCAUUUGUCUUCUGAAUGAUACUGUUGGAAGCAAUGAGAUAAGUAUUAGGCAGAAGCCCCUCAUUCGCAAGAUUAAGGACUACAUGUAUGCAACUGUUGCAUUUCCUGUGGCAAUGUUUGUGGGUGUAACAUUCUGGGCUCUGAUGGCAAUUGACCGAGAGCUUGUGUUCCCAAAAGCAUUGGAUGAUUUUUUUCCAUCAUGGCUAAAUCAUGUAAUGCACACUAAUAUCGUGAUCUUCACAUUACUUGAGAUGAUUAUAUCUUUCCGUGUGUAUCCAAAACGGUCGGAGGGGUUCACUGGACUGUUCGUGUUCACAGCCAUUUACUUUAUCUGGGUUCAUGUGAUUUUUGCAAAGUCUGGUGCUUGGGUGUAUCCAGUGCUUGAGAUUCUCAACUGGUGGCAACGAAUCAUUUUCUUCUUAAUAUGUCUAGGCUUGCAAGCGGGCCUGUACAUCGUUGGAGAAACUCUCAAUAAAGCAAAAUGGGGGAAAGUACAAAAGCUACUGGAGAGUGGCAGAAGUUCCAAGAAAAAGUAAGUGCAUGUGGCUGCAAAAAUGAUUUUAUAUUAGCGUGCCCAUGCAGAAAAAUGUGCACUGUAAUUUCAGAAACUACUUUUGUUGUUUGUGGUGGUUAAAUUUAAAAUCUCUGUAGAUUCUUUGGUUUAUGCAUAAUUUUUAUGACCUUCAGAACAUGAUUCUGGUGGGCAGGUCAUAUAAAGAAAAUUGUAUUCACACACUGAAAUGGCCUGUCUUUGGAAUUUCACAUACGUAAAGCUGUGGUAAUCUGUAAUUUCUUGAAUGGGUGAGUACUCAGCAAAGUUAUCUCAAAAUAAAUACAAAUGAAAGUACAUAAUCACUACUGUGAUUGCUACAAAAUAGAUGAUAAUUAAAUACUCAUUAUUGUGACGGUCUGAAAGCUCUACUUAUGGAACAAAUAAUGGGAAAAGUAAUUGAAUUGAAAUUAAACGCAUGCAUGUAAUUAACAAUUUUCCCAGGUCUGCCUCUCUAAGAGUAACAUCUUUUGUCACUCGCUGUUUGGGAGAAAUAACAGGACAGGCUGACAGAUGGGCAGAUGUUGGCAAUUAUAUAUAUAUAUAUGACAGUGCAAAAUGGUUGAUCAAGGAGUAAUAAAGAAUUCAUAUAAAUGUCGUUAAUGAUAUAUCAGUAGUUCAUGGGAGUUCUAAAGUUUUAUUAUUUUACAUGAUAUUGAAGUAUAAUAUGUGGGGAGUGGUUUAGUAGCAUGGUAGCUAAAACUAUUGUGGGAGCUGGUAUGCAUUGUCAUCACAUACAGUAUAUAUUACCUUUGUGUAAUUUAAUGCAGACAUAAGACUUACACUAUGAAUCAAAAGUAAUUAUAGUAAAAUAAGACUUGGGCUUCAAAUUAAAACUUAAAUAUAUGUAUAUUUUGUUUUAAAGAAGUACAAGAUCAAAACUCUGUAGGCACUAUGUGUUCACAUAACUUUUUAUUUGUGUCGUUGAUUAUGGUAGUGAAAUACUGUAGUCGUUUGACUGUUGUCAACUCCGAUAGCAAUAAUGCAGUACCUUAUUUCUUAUGUGACUUAAAGUCUUAAAGAUGGGUGACCAUGACCUUCAACAUGGCAUGUGAUAAAAACAUCACUGGAUUGUUGUAUUGUAUGUAAAUUAAUUGUUGUAGCUUAGCAUGAACAAUCUUAAAAUGUAGUCGCAUACAGAAAUAGGAUCUUGCAUAUUGAAGAAAGCAUUCCAUAGGCUCUGUUGAUACAGAAUUAUUAAGGAUUGAAUCUCUGCUAUGUAUAAGAGAUUUAAAAAGUAACGACUGAUAGUGUGUAUUU